CCACAUUCGACCAUCCACCGAACCUCAACAACGCUCACCACCACCACCACUAGAGCUCACCAAACUCCUAGUCUUUCUGAAUCCAUUCGGGUCCAUGGAACCCGCUACGCGAUGGCAUGUUCCGAGACGGUUGAGGAGGAGUUCCCGUGCCAGUUUAGGCUCGUUUUGUAAAGUGAUGGAUGUCAGCGAUCGGCACUCUCUUCGAAUGAUUGACCCAACUCUACACACAAUAUUGCUUUUUCUUUUUCCUUUUAUGAAUUUUUUUUUAUUUUUUUUUAUUCAAUUAUUCAACCCUCGGACCUUUUUCUGUUGCUUUUUUACUCCUCACUUAACAAGCGCGGUGACGGGAACUCCGUCUCUGGGAAACCCCCCGGCCGGGAAAGGAAGCGAUGUGUGCCGAUCCGUCUGCAAUCGGCUCUGUUCGAAGGCAAUUUGCUCGAGGGGACGACUCGCGCCGUGCUUGCCCUCCGGCGCAAUAGGUCACUUUCGGUGUCUCUUCCUUUCACGGCCCCAUCGGCUUAGGAACACUAGUCUGAACCCGCGUGGUCAGGCUUCCCCGGAUCCCUCCACGUCGCGCCUCUGGUUCGUCCAACAGCCCGGCCUCACACUAUCCACCGGAGUUAUGCAUUAUGCUGACCACGACCCUUCCGUCCUUGAUUACUUCUCAAACGGUCAACCUUGGCCUAGGGUCGCAGCCGGUGGACCCGAGAUGUGGUCCUCCAUUUCCCAGUCUCCCAAUGAAUCUUCCCAGCGAAAUGAUUGCAUGGAUACCUGAUCAUGGGAUUGGUUGCGCUGGCCUGAUCCCCUCACUGUCCCGAAAUCUCCAGACCAUGUGUUGCCUCCCCGCGGGUUUCCCCAUUCUUACUGAAUGAGGAACCCGUCCGUUUUGGACUCGGACAGCCGAAAGGCUGCUACUUUAUGUCAUUGUUGACAGAACAGCUACUCCGGUGGGCCGUCUAUAUGAUGUGUCUGAUCCAUGAUUGGAUAUGGUUUCCUGGUUGUCUCACCGAUUGGAAUCCAGUGAAUCUCGCUAGCUGAGACUAAUCUCGCCAGUCGCAUGGCGUGCAGCCCUUUUCCCCAUUAUGGCACUUCGGGUCGGUACAGGUUCAAGCGUCAUC